GCCUCCUUCCUUCCCUCCCUGGUGCCUGCCCCGGUAACGGUCGCUGUGAGUUUAAAUGAGCAGGGGCCGGGCCGAGCCGCCGCCGCCGCCGGGACCAGGACACGGACUGAGGCGGAGCCUGGGCCCGCCCCGCUGCGGGCGCUGAGGGGACAGGAUGACGGUGCUGCAGGAACCCGUCCAGGCUGCUAUAUGGCAAGCACUUAAUCAUUAUGCUUAUCGAGAUGCAGUGUUUCUGGCAGAAAGACUAUAUGCAGAAGUACACUCAGAGGAAGCACUGUUUUUGCUGGCAACAUGUUACUACCGCUCAGGAAAGGCAUAUAAAGCAUACAGGCUCCUAAAGGGACAUAGCUGUACCACUCCACAAUGUAAAUAUCUGCUGGCAAAGUGUUGUGUCGACCUCAGCAAGCUGGCAGAAGGGGAGCAGAUCUUAUCUGCUGGAGUGUUAAAUAAGCAGAAAAGCCAUGAUGAUGUUGUUACAGAGUUUGGUGACUCUGCAUGCUUCACCCUCUCAUUACUGGGACAUGUAUACUGCAAAACAGACCGGCUUGCCAAAGGAUCUGAAUGUUACCAAAAGAGCCUUAGUUUAAAUCCUUUUCUCUGGUCCCCUUUUGAAUCGCUGUGUGAAAUAGGUGAGAAGCCAGACCCUGACCAAACAUUUAAAUUAACAUCUUUGCAGAACUUCAGCAGUUGCCUGCCCAACACUUGCACAACAUUGGUGUCUAAUCACAGCAUAUCCCACCGACAGCCUGAGACUGUCCUUAUGGAAACGCCACAAGACACAAUUGAACUGAACAGACUCAACCUGGAAUCCUCCAAUUCAAAAUAUUCCUCCUUGAACACAGAUUCCUCUAUGUCUUACAUUGACUCGGCUGUAAUUUCACCAGAUGCUAUCCCUCUUGGAUCAGGAACUGCCAUAUUGUCUAAACAGGCUCAAAAUAAACCAAAAACUGGUCGGAGUUUACUGGGAGGACCAGCUGCUCUGAGCCCAUUGACACCAAGUUUUGGAAUUUUGCCACUAGAAACCCCUAGCCCUGGAGAUGGAUCAUAUUUACAAAACUACACUAAUUCAUCUUCUGUAAUUGAUGUGCCAUCUACAGGAGCGCCUUCAAAGAAGAAAUUUUGUGUUAUGCAGUCUGUCACCAGGAUAAGCCAAGCGGGAACAAAGUCUGUCUUCUCACAGAGUGGAAAUAGCCGGGAAGUCACUCCAGUCCUUGUUGCACAAACACAGAGUUCUGGCCCACAGACAAGUACGACACCUCAGGUACUGAGCCCAACCAUUGCUGCUCCACCUAAUGCACUGCCUCGAAGAAGUUCUCGCCUAUUUACUAGUGAUAGCUCUACGACAAAGGAGAACAGUAAAAAGUUGAAAAUGAAGUUCCCACCUAAAAUUCCAAACAGAAAGACAAAAAGUAAAACAAACAAGGGAGGAAUAACUCAGACAAACAUAAACGAUAGUUUGGAGAUCACCAAACUGGACUCGUCCAUCAUCUCAGAAGGGAAAAUCUCCACUGUCGCACCACAGAUCCAGGCUUUCACACUACAGAAAGCAGCAGCAGAAGGAUUGAUGAGCCUUCUUCGUGACAUGGGGAAAGGUUAUUUAGCCUUGUGUUCAUACAACUGUAAGGAAGCGAUAAACAUAUUAAGCCAUUUACCUUCUCACCACUACAACACUGGCUGGGUGCUGUGCCAAAUUGGGAGAGCUUACUUUGAGCUUGCAGAAUAUAUGCAGGCGGAGAGGAUAUUCUCUGAAGUAAGAAGGAUUGAAAACUACAGAGUUGAAGGCAUGGAGAUUUACUCUACAACGCUAUGGCAUCUUCAGAAGGAUGUUGCACUUUCAGUCCUAUCAAAAGAUUUAACAGACAUGGAUAAAAAUUCACCAGAGGCGUGGUGUGCUGCAGGAAACUGUUUCAGCUUGCAACGGGAGCAUGACAUUGCAAUCAAGUUCUUCCAGAGAGCCAUUCAAGUUGAUCCAAACUAUGCGUAUGCCUACACUCUCCUGGGGCAUGAAUUUGUGUUAACAGAAGAACUAGACAAAGCAUUAGCCUGUUUUAGAAAUGCAAUCCGAGUCAAUCCUAGACAUUAUAAUGCAUGGUAUGGGUUGGGAAUGAUUUAUUACAAACAGGAGAAAUUCAGCCUAGCAGAAAUGCAUUUCCAGAAAGCACUCGAUAUCAAUCCUCAGAGCUCAGUCUUACUCUGUCACAUCGGAGUAGUCCAGCAUGCACUGAAAAAAUCUGAAAAGGCUUUGGAUACUCUAAACAAAGCCAUUAACAUUGAUCCGAAGAACCCACUAUGCAAAUUCCAUAGAGCUUCUGUAUUAUUUGCAAAUGAAAAAUAUAAGUCUGCUUUACAAGAACUUGAAGAACUGAAACAGAUUGUUCCCAAAGAGUCUCUUGUUUACUUCUUAAUAGGAAAGGUUUAUAAAAAAUUGGGUCAAACUCACCUGGCCCUUAUGAAUUUCUCAUGGGCAAUGGAUUUAGAUCCUAAAGGAGCCAACAACCAGAUCAAAGAGGCCAUUGAUAAACGUUACCUUCCAGAUGAUGAGGAACCGAUAACUCAAGAAGAGCAGAUCAGCGAAUGUUAUCCGUAUGAGUCAGUUGGCACAGAUGAAUCCCAAGAGAGCAGCAUGACGGAUGCAGAUGACACGCAACUCCAUGCAGUUGAAAGUGAUGAAUUUUAACCUCCAAAAGCCAGUAUCUGAGCUUGGGUGUGUGAUUGGUACUGUUGUGUUCUCUCCUUCCUUCACGUACUGGGUCUUCACGUCACUGAGCCAGCAUUGUCAUUAUUCUCCACUGACACCAUGAGUGCACCACUCAUCAGAUUUUCAACCUACACCGAAUUAAUGGCAGUGCAAUGUUUAGCUGCUACUGAGACUGACUUGUUGGCUCUUAUACCUUUAUGAAAUGACUCUUUGAGGAGGAAAAACAUAUUUUUUCCAACUCCUCCUUUGUUGGAGAGCUAUCAUGGAAGAAAGACUUGUGGUUUGCUCUAAGUGAGCCGAUAGAUGUGGGAAUAGAAGAAGAAACUGCUUCCUUAGUACUUUCUCCAGAAACGUGUCUCAGUUUGAUUCUUUCUUGGUAAGCAGAGUGCUGAACUUCCAUUUCCAGGUUCUUCAAAGACAGCGUUAAGUUUAGGAUGGGACAGGUUAAAAACUUUUGCAUAUUAUAGUGUAACUUAAAUGCCAGGGAAUGUGAAUAACCUUAAAGCCACAGUGUCUCCAGUGAACAAAAUACAGUGCACAUGCUCGGGAUUCAGAGUGUGUCAAAAUAUUAUAACAUCUCCGGUGUCCCUACUUAGUGUAAACUUGUUCUUAGCCAGAGGAGCACAUUGCACCAUAGCAAUUAUUACAGAACGCUUUAAUAUUCUAGCCAAGAGUUAAUUUAUUCAUCUAACUUCCAAAAUGUCAAUUGUUGUCUACUUAAUACUUCAGUGAAACAAGUCAUUAAUGUGUUGCAUCUUCUUCAGGUGCCCCUUGGAUUCGGUUCUGAUGUUCAGAGAAUAAAAAGUUUUUUUAUUGUAAGAGCAAAAUAAAGAGAGACGUAUAGAUAAAAUUGUAAUGUUGAAAGGAUAAAAGUAAUAUAAGCCACAGUGACAACUUGUUUCUAAGUAGAUAAAGAAGCCAGGAAGACAGUGUAAGCCUUAACACAAUCAAAACCUUACAGUAAGAUGCAUCAAAUAUUUGUCUAAGACAGUAUCCUUUUAAAACUAUUUUGUAAAGUAUUGUCUGAGCAGGAUGCAAAAAUGUGCAAUUAUCUUAUUUUUUUAAUCCAUUCUUUAAGACUCUUGGAGAAAAUUCUCACUCUAUAUCUGUAGGAAUUGAGUGCCCUGGAGGCUGUUUCUGUGAGAAGAAAGCGAGGCUAUAUUAAAGAAUCCAAAAUUAUCUUUCUCUGUAGCACUCUGCAACAAAGAUUGGUGCCCUUUAUGCAGUGACCGUAAAGAGUGUAUGAUAUCAUAAGUUUUUUAAAAAGCAAAUUAUGCACAAUAAAUUGGGAAUGAUUCAAAUUUCACAGCAACAUAUUUGUUGUGAUCAGUCUUAAAAUUUGUUCUGUUCCUUUCCUUUUAAUGUAUAUUGUUUUUAGAAGACCUUUAGUUACCAUUAGUAGAAAUUUAAUUUUUUUUUAAAUAUAUAUAUAUUUUUUUUUAGUGUCCUUGUCCUAGAUUAGGUACAAACAUGUCCUAUCACACCUACUGUUUGGUUGUGAGAAGCAUUUUUUACCGUAAGGAGAAAAAAAUUCACAACACCUGCACAAAAAAUAUUCUCCAUUAUUCUGAAGUGGGUAGACAAGCAGUGAAAAUAGGCUGAACUCCAGUCAUAGUGAAAAUCUCUAAAACAUGGGAGGUGAUAUUGGAUGAAGCUUUGUGCUUUUGUCAAUACUGUAAAUCUGUUUAUUUCUGAAAAUGAACUAGAUCUCAUUAUAAAUCAUGCAAGUGUUUCAGCGGAGUAAAGAGUGCACUAGAUGCAAGAUUUCUUUGGUGCUAGAAAAGUAUUGCAGUUAGGCUCUUGCAUGAUAAACCAUCCCUUCAAAGGAAAACACCAGGGUUGAAAUUCCCCAAUGGAAUUGUACUAUAGUAAAGUAUCCUCACCUGCUGUUCACAUGUAGUAGUCAUGAAGUUACCUAUAUCUGCAUGUUUUUCUUUCUUUUCCCUCCCAGUCUUAAAGCAACUGUAGCACUCCAAGAUUUGCACCUCCAUUAUAGGGUUUCCACAAGAGUGAGUUACAAAGAAAUAACACAUCGUACAGUCUGGAGCUACAGUCUGUGUGAAUAUUAGCUGUACAGUAUAUUUGGCUACCUUUUGGUAGUUGAAGUUUACAUUCUCUAAACAAAAAGCAGGAGUCUCUCUCUCUCUCUCUCUCCCUCCCCAUGCCCCAUAUACUUGAGAGCUGGAAAAUUCUGGUUUUAAGCUGUUAGGCGAGGAGUCGGCAACCUCUGGCAUGGCGCUCACCAGGGUAAGCACCCUGGCGGGCUGGCCAGUUUAUCUGUUGCAUCGGCAGGUUUGGCAGACCACGGCUCCCACUGGCCGCGGUUCGCUGUCCCAGGCCAAUGGGGGUGGUGGGAAGCUGCAGCCAGCACAUCCCUCGUCCGCACUGCUUCCUGCUGCCCCCAUUGGCCUGGGACAGCGAACCACAGCCAAUGGGAGCCACAGUCGGCCGAACCUGCCCACGCGACAGGUAAACAAACUGGCCUGGCCCACCAAGGUGCUUACCCUGGCAAGCGACGUGCCAAAGGUUGCCGACCCCCGACUUAGGCCUUGCUGACCAGGUCUUAGGCCCCAAAUUUGAUUUAGUUUUAUUCCUUGUCUGUUUUCAAAGCGUAUGUGCUAACUUGGAGAUUUUCCUGAAACAAAUGCUGUUUUAUUUGGGGGCCAGAGAUGGAAACUAGCAAAUCCCCCAUAUGGGAAAAAAAAAUCUUGAAUUUCCUUUAUAGCUGUUUAAUUUUUUAAACAGUUUUGUUCUUUAAAUGUUGUAAACUGUUAUAUUGGAAUUCAUUUUUAAAUACCCAGCAAAGGGCUCUUAUCUCAGAUAAGAUUUUUAAAAGAUGCAAAUUCUAAACUGAACAUUAGUGCUCAAAAUAUUAAAUUGUCCCCUGCGUUAGAUGUACGUCAUCACCUACAUUUUAUUUUUCUCAAGAAUUGCAAGUUACGUUUAAACCAUGCUGCUAUUUUACCUUCUUAAAAACCAACCGCACGAAAACCAUUAUUUUAAUCAAUCUACUUAUCUGCUCUUUGAGGGGCAAGGGAGGCAGAAUGUGAACGCGCUCUGACACCCAAACUAGAGCAAAUGUGUUCACUGAAGAAUUAGGGGACUGUCAUUUAUUAAUACAAAAACAUGCAAAAAUGCAAAGUGUGGGUGUGGUGUGUACUAUUUGCAUUGAAACAAUGUAAUUUGUCUUUUUUCCUUUUUUUUGCUUUUCCUGACUUUUAUUUCAUAUAUUGUACAGUCUUAGAAAAAAGUCUUUUCUGUUAAUAUAUUUGCAAUUCAUUAAAGGAUGUGGAAAUCCAAAUAAACUACUUUUAAAAGCA